UCGAGCCCAGCCCUAACCUGGCGAUCUAUGACGAAGGUGGGAAGCUUGUGACGUAUCUCUACCAAUCGGGCUGCGAUAACUGCGAUCAAUCGUCAGCGCUUGUCGUCCAGGACGAUGGGAAUGUGGUGCUCUAUCUGACCGACACUGGCGAGGCGAUCUGGGCUACCGGGACGAAUCGCUGAGCCAGGAAGUCGAUUCUUUUGUGCCAAAAUUCGAGAAAUCAAUGUCUCAAUUAGGAUUUAGGGUUUAUGGUUUCUAGGGCAGAAGAAGAAUGGCGCAAUCUCUCCGCCUGAUCGCGCGGCGCGGCGCACAAUGCCGGGGCAGGACGAAUGCGCUUGGCAGCGGCUGCACCGGAUCCUUGCUCCGCCGGGAUUUCCAUGUAAGCGCCCCGAGCUCCAACAACUUCCUCCUCAACAGCCUCUUCCGCUUUGGCGGCCAGUCCUACCAGCAGCAGCAGCAGCAGCAGCAGCAGGCCGCCGCGGAGGCGCCGCCGCCCAAGGAGGAGCGGCGCGCGCGCAAGCCCCGGGAAUACAUGGAGCGAUCGGCCGACACGCUCUCCUAUGUCAAGGACCUCAACAUCAAGCAGCGCCUCAUGGUGAAGAAGUUCAUGAACUCGUGCAUGCGCCAGGGAAAGAAGACCAAGGCCCGGACGAUGUGCUUCAAGGCGUUUGAGCGCCUGGCGAACCACGGCGACGUUCUCCACAUCCUGGAGACCGCGGUAGAGAAUGUGAAGCCGAUCUGCGAGGUCCGGAGGGUGCGCGUCGCCGGGAGCACGCACAACGUCCCCGCGGCCAUCCCGCUCCACCGGCAGCAGAGCCUGUCCAUGCGCUGGAUCGUCCAGGCGGCCAGGAACCGGUUCAAGGCCAAGAAGAAGAUGGGCAUGCCCAAGGCGCUGGCGGACGAGCUGCUGGAUGCGUCCAAGAGAAGCGGCGCGGCGAGGAAGAAGCGGGAUGAUCUCCACCGGCUGGCCGAGGCGAACAGGACGCUGGCGCACUAUCGGUGGUGGUGACGGUCAAUCCAAAGCUUGACAAUCCAAAGGUUGACACAGCUCUCCUUUCUCCGAGAUCACAUUUUCACCGUUUUGGCGACAAUUGGAAGAAAAACUUGUUUCGUUCUUGCUAUAUACCACAACACUUCGCCUCCAUGACGUGCUGCGUGUGCUUCGUCUUCAAGAAUCCUCCAACUUUUCUCACAUCUAUGUUUAUAGGAACAAUCCUGCCAAAUAGCGGCCAACUCUUUGACAUGCUACAUCUCAACAUAGCAAGUGUUUACAUUUGCAACACAACCAUGUCUCCUAAAAUACAAAUGCAUGAGCAGCUCCUUAGCA